CGUCAUCAUGCCCCUGCGUGAUUUGCUUGAAGUUGCCACCGUCACGAGGUCAACACGAGGCCGUCGAGGCGUUGUCCAAAGUUGUCCAUGUGCAACCGAGCAUUAAAGCUUCCUACUGUCAAUGCUGUAAUGGUAGCGUUGUUGUCUUUUCUCCCCUCAUAAUGAGUCCAGAACAUGACGCAGCAUGGACGAGUCUAUGCGAAGUCGUACAUGAGAGUGCCAUCUUUGAUUCCGAAAAGCCUCAACCCCACUCUCGAUGCAUGGAAAACACACGUGUUGCACUUCUGGAAACUCUGAGACAGGUCCUCGAUCGACACGAUAGGACGAACAUCUGGCUCAAAGGUCUUGCCGGUGUUGGAAAAACGUCCAUCGCGGUUACCGUAGCUGAGGAGAUGAAAUCGAAGAAAAGGCUCGCCGCAUCCUUCUUCUUCUCGCGUCAACAUGCACAGCAUGCGACCAUGUUCAUUCCUACUAUCGCAUACCAGUUGGCACUGGCUUUCCCAAGAAUCAAAGAUGCUAUCAUGAAAGCCAUCGCAGACGACAAGCUCCUCCUAUCAUCUAGUAAAUCUCGUCGUGAUCAGAUGCAGGAGCUCAUCAUCAAGCCACUAUACUCAUUGCAAUUCCGUCAAGAGACGUCUUAUGCCAUUAUCAUCGAUGCUCUCGAUGAAUGCUUUUCCACUGAAGAGGCGGCAAGAUUGGUUAAGCUGUUGACAGAGUCGCUCUCGGGUCCAGACUUGCCCAACAUCCACCUGGUGUUCACGAGCCGACCUCAGACGCAUAUCCGCGCGGCCAUGCAAGCCGAUAUUUACGAAAUUCCCCUCGUCACCGGCGAUGACGCCACCCUGCGGGAUGUCCGUGUCUUUCUGCGGGUGUCGUUGGACAACAUACGGACAACUCGUCCAGAUCAUUUUGGCCAACCGCCAAGGUCUUGGCCAUCAGAAAAUGAAUUCGAGACAUUGGUGUCUAAUGCAGGCGGUCUAUUCGUCUAUGCUGCGCUAGUCAUCAGUUUUAUAUCCGCCACUGAUCAUCCGCCACAGCAGAGGCUAAAACACUUACUCCGUGAGAGCUCUGCUGUCAAUGCCGAUAUCGAUCAUCUUUAUAGGCAUAUUCUCGCAAGUUCAGAGAAUCCAAUUGUGCACUGCCAAAUGUUAACGUGCAUCACCCAUCUCGAUCGACCCGCUUUCGCUUGCAAAUUUGCAAGAUCUCUUUUUCGAGCAAAAGGAAAGCUUGGCGAUGAUGCUAGAAGCAUUUUCACCUGUUAUCUUGAAUCUCCCCCAUAGAAAUGUCGAGAUCUAUCACACUUCGCUCUUCGAUUUCAUGGAGGACCCUCUACGGUCGAUGGAUCAUUACGUGGAUCGUGCUCGUGCUCACGAGUACCUUGCAUGCUACUGCCUUCAAUCAUUAUUGCGAAAAUCACCGAUGACCGACGAUUAUGCAUUCGAUAGAUGGCAUCACCAUCUUUCUUUGGCCCAUCCUAGUAGUGAAUUGCGAAGGCUGCUUUCUCAGUUCACAGAGCAGGAACUGCGCCGUUUGGUGGUAUUCGCAGAAAAGGGUGGUGGUUCUUCACAUCUCGUAGGACCCCUGCACAGUGCAAAACAGACCUGCUCAUCUUUCGUGAGUGUUUUGUUUAUGUUGGAUAAG